UACUUUAUUUACCAGAAUGCUUCAUUCAUUACCAUUAUUUUAUAACACCAAGACUCUUCUCUUAACCUGUGCUUGAAACUCCUCUCCCCGAGGCACGAGUACUUCAAAAUCUUCAACAUCAUGUUUCCGUGAUCACUUAAACAUCGCAGCAAAGCCACUGUAGAGCCUCCUAGCUACUUCUCAGGCAAGAAUACCUUCUGGGUCCUGCAGAGCAAAUAGUACCUCCAGGGUCCUGCACACUAACAAGUACCUCCUGUGUACUGCACACUUGGUUUUAUACACUAAGCAGUACCUCCUGGGUUCUGUACACGAAGGAGCACCUCCUGUGCGCUGCAGACUUGGUUCUGUACACUAAUCAAUACUUCCUGGAUUCUGUACGGAAUGGAUGGGACCGAGGAGCCUCCCGUGACCGUGUUGGUCCCGAGUUCGAAGUUCACUGUGGCGGACUACACUGUGUUCACUCUUCUGCUGGUGGUAUCGGUGGGUAUCGGCGUGUACAGUGCCUUCAAGAGUCGUAGAGUGGUGACUACUCAGGAGUACCUGCUGGGAGGUCGUACUAUGCCUCUCCUUCCAGUGGCUCUCUCACUCCUCGGGGGAGCCAUAUCUGCAAUAUCUAUACUUGGUAACGCUACAGAGGUUUACUUCUACGGUACACAGCUGACCAUGAACCUGAUCGGAAGCAUCUUCGGCGUCCUGGUAUUGAGGAAUGUGAUGCUGCCUGUCCUCUACCCUCUCAAGCUCGUCUCAAUGUUUGAGUACAUGGAGUUGCGGUUCAAGUCAAGAACGCUGCGGAAGAUGGCUACGGGAAUCCAGCUGCUGGCGUCGUUCGUGUAUAUGGGUAUCUGCCUGUAUGCUCCAUCACUGGCUCUCUCCUCUGUCACUAGCCUCCCCAUCUGGGCGUCUGUUCUGCUGAUGGGACUCAUCUGUUCUUUCUACAUAACUAUAGGCGGAGUGAAGGCGGUAGUGUACGCAGACGUGGUACAAACACUGCUUAUGUUCGUUGGAGUGUUGGUGGUGUCUGUGAUCUGCUGCCAACAGCUGGGAGGACCUGCCAACGUGUGGACAAUCGCCGGACAAGGAGGGAGACUUGAAUUCUUUAAUAUGGACCCGAGUCCUUUCGUGCGUCACACCUUCUGGUCGACUCAGAUCCAGGGAGCCUACGUGGCACUCAGCAUGGCUGGCUUCAACCAACCUCAGUUCCAGAGAUUCAUCUCAGUCAGAACUCUCAGCCUCUCCCAGGCACUUUGUAGUUUGUUUGCACUGGGACUGUUGCUGUUGUGGGGGACCUUCUACUUCUCUGGCCUCGUCGCCUACGCUGUCUAUAGUGACUGUGAUCCUUUCACCUCAGGAAGAAUAAGCAAACCUGACCAGAUCAUGCCUUAUCUGGUGACAGAUAAGUUGAACCAUCUGCCGGGCAUGUCAGGGCUCUUCGUGGCAGCUGUGUACGGCGGUGUUCUUAGUUCGUUGUCAUCACACGGGAACGCCAUAGCUUGUGUCAUCUGGGUGGACUUUCUGAAGGAUCUACCUUACUUCAGUAACUUCAGUGAACGUCGCUCCACCAACAUCGUCAAGUUUUUGUCAACUAUGACGGUGAUGGCAGCCAUAUGUAUAGGACUGCUGGUGGGAGAACUGGGUACCAUCUUUCAAGUGACCAACGGCCUCCUCAACGCCAUCAAGGGUCCCCUUGGUGGCAUCUUCCUAGUAGGCAUCUGCGCCCCUUGGGUCAAUAAAAAGGGUGCCGCUGUCGGCGCCUCUCUGGCUUUCCUGUUCAACAUUUGGUUGGCGAUCGGCAAGCUAGCAAGGGGUGGCGGGAACCCAGAGAAGAUGCCUCUCUCUACUCUUGGCUGCCCGGAGAAUGUCAACCACACACUGCAAGACAGCCUUAACGAUGUACUCACUGAUGGCCUCAACGAUGUACUCACUAGUGGCCUCAAUGACACUGUUGGCUUCACCUUCGCCACUGCUGCCGUACCAGUGGCUGAAGGGUCGGGACACACGGUCUACGACAUCUCGUACUGCUACAGUGGGAUCACUGGUAUUAUAAAUACCUUCAUCCUCAGCACCUUCCUCUCCAUCCUCACAGGUGACUCCAUUAUUUACUCUCACCUUCCCUCUCUCCCUCUCAUGUUCACUCACUAUCAUGUUCGCUAGCUAAUUCAUACUCACUCCCAUUCCCUCAUACAGCCUCUCUCUCUCUAAU